GGGCGCGGGCGGGUGGCGGCCAGCAGGAGCGCCCGGCGCCGGCAGCCCGCGGUCGGAGCCCGGGCGGGGAGCCUGAGGCCCGCGCCGUCGGGGCUCGGGGCGCGGCCAUGGCGCUGUGGCCCUGGCUGACCGCCGCGCUGCUGCUGCUGCUGCUGCUGGUGCAGCUGAGCCGCUCGGCCAGGUUCUACGCCAAGAUCGGCCUGUACUGCGCGCUCUGCUUCGUGGCCGCCACGGUGGCCGCGGCCGUCUGCCUGCUGCGCCACGGCGGCCGGACGGUGGAGAACAUGAGCAUCAUCAGCUGGUUUGUCCGGACCUUCAAGUACGCGUACGGCAUUCGCUUUGAGGUGAAGGGCCGUCAGAAGCUGGAGGAGGACCGCCCCUGUGUCAUCAUUUCCAACCACCAGAGCAUCCUGGACAUGAUGGGCCUCAUGGAGAUCCUCCCUGAUCGCUGCGUGCAGAUUGCCAAGCGGGAGCUGCUCUUCCUGGGGCCCGUGGGCCUGAUCAUGUACCUGGGGGGUGUCCUCUUCAUCAACCGGCAGCGCGCUAGCACGGCCAUGACCGUGAUCUCUGACACGGGCGAGCGCAUGGUCAGGGAGAAGCUCAAAGUGUGGAUCUACCCCGAGGGCACGCGGAACGACAGCGGGGAUCUGCUGCCUUUCAAGAAAGGUGCCUUCUACCUGGCCGUCCAGGCCCAGGUGCCUAUCAUCCCCGUGGUUUACUCCAGCUUCUCCUCCUUCUACGACUACAAGACGAAGCGCUUCACCUCAGGAACCAUCAAGGUGGAGGUGCUGGACGCCAUCCCCACCACGGGCCUCACUGUCGCCGACAUCCCGAAGCUCUCGGACACCUGCCACCAGGCCAUGCGGACCAGCUUCUUCCACAUAUCCAAGCUCCCCCAGGAGAAUGGGGCCCCCGCAGGGCCCGACGCCCAGCCAGCCCAGUAGCCGAGGCCCGGGGCAGGGCAGGACCUGGCUAGACAGUGGACAGAGGGGCCCCCGCCCACCAGACAUCACUGUGUCCCCUCCCAUGGCUCUUCCGGCUUUCCCUGGGCCCUGGAAGCAGAGGACCCCUUCCUGUCACUGGCCUCAGGUCCAGGCCCCUGACGUCCUUGCAAAGGACAGUCAGCUGGAGCGCCCCACGCUCUGACGCAGGGCCUCGCCCACCCUUGUGCCUCUGGGGUCCAGCGUGGGAGCGGGCCUGGGCCCCGACGGGCUGACGGAGCAGGGCCGAGCUGCCCGGCCCCCAGCCUCCUGCCUGGGCCUGUGGGGCGCAGGGGCCGGCUCUGGGCUCCCAGCCACAGCCUGCAUCAGGCUCUCAGGGAGAGGUGGGGCUCAGGGGGGCCAGGACGCCUGGUCUCAUGCCACCCGGGCUUCCGGGAGCUGGAAAGCAGGGUCCGUGUCUCCUGCCGGCCUUGGGGGGCAAGUCUGCUGAAUGGGUACUACACUUGCCGUUGUUUUUUAUAAACAAACUCUUGGA